CUGUAUCAGUGGAAACUGUGCCACACUGAACGUCUGAAGAUUUGCCAGCGAAGGAGGCAAAAAAUAUACAAAAUAUCUUGCACAUUUAAUUCACAACUUCAUUUAGUGGUCAUUUUGAUAGUAAAUUCAACCGCAUCCAACCAUGCAGUACGUGGCUGUGGCUGUGGCUAGGCCAUGGUUGCUGCUGUGCUGCGUGCUGGCGAUCCUUGGGUGUGGCGUUGUGGAUUGCUUCUAUGUUCCCGGCGUGGCGCCGGUUGAGUUUGUCCAGGAUCAAAAAAUCGAUGUGAAGGCCGUGAAAAUGACCAGCAGUCGCACCCAGCUGCCUUAUCAGUACUAUUCGCUGAGGUUUUGCAAUCCGAAAAACGGCACGUUCAUCUUCAAGUCCGAGAACCUUGGAGAGGUGCUGAGGGGGGACCGCAUCGUAAAUACUCCCUACGAACUGAGGAUGAACCAGCAGAUCAACUGCCGACUGCUGUGCAAUCAGAAGGACAGACCGCUCAACUGGAGCAAAGAGGACUCGGCCCUGGUGGCGGAGCGAAUCCAGCACGAGUACUUUGUUCAUCUCCUGGUGGACAACCUACCGGUGGCCACCAGGAUCGUCAGCGUUAACAAUCCGUCCGAGGUGACCUACGAGCAUGGCUAUCGACUGGGCCAGGUGGAUGGGGAGAACAUCUACAUCAACAACCACCUCAAAUUCAUUCUGUCCUACCACAUGCACUCGAAGGGCAAGUAUCGCGUGGUCGGCUUCGAGGUAGAGACGGUUUCCGUUAACCACAAGGAGCUCAAGUUCCACGGCGACACCUGCAACUUCCCGGACAGCGCCCGGCCGCAGCUGGUGAAUCCGUCGGGUGAGACGCAGCUCUACUUCACGUACUCCGUCGAAUGGAAGGAGUCCAAGGUCAGCUGGGCCUCUCGCUGGGACAUAUAUCUGGGCAUGCGCGACGUCCAGAUCCAUUGGUUCAGCAUCAUCAACUCUCUCGUUGUGGUGUUCUUUCUCUCCGGCAUUCUCACCAUGAUCAUGAUCCGCACCUUGCGUCGUGACAUUGCCCGCUACAACACGGACGACAACAUCGAGGAUACCCUGGAGGAGACUGGCUGGAAGCUGGUGCAUGGCGACGUGUUUCGUCCGCCCAAGAACACCCGCCUGUUUUCCGCUAUCAUUGGCAGCGGCAUACAAAUAUUCUUCAUGGCCCUGAUCACCAUUUUCUUUGCCAUGCUGGGCAUGCUCUCGCCUUCCUCACGCGGCGCUCUAAUGACCUCGGGCAUCUUUAUGUACGUCUUCAUGGGCACCAUUGCCGGCUUCUAUGCGGCACGUCUAUACAAGACGAUGAAGGGUCGCGAAUGGAAGCGAGCAGCUUUCCUCACAGCCACUCUCUACCCGGGCAUCGUUUUUGGCACCGGAUUCUUCUUGAAUUUCUUCAUUUGGGACAAGUCGUCGAGCGGCGCUGUGCCCUUUACCACUAUGAUCUCUCUGCUGUUGCUGUGGUUCGGCAUUUCGGUUCCGCUGGUCUAUCUCGGCUUUUACUUUGGCUACCGUAAGCAGCCGUACCAGCAUCCAGUACGCACCAACAUGAUACCCCGCCAGGUGCCCGCCCAACACUGGUACAUGAAUGCAAUCCUGAGCACUCUGAUGGCUGGGAUACUCCCGUUUGGAGCUGUCUUCAUCGAACUCUUCUUUGUGUUCACGGCCAUUUGGCAGAAUCAGUUCUACUACCUGUUUGGCUUUCUGUUCCUUGUGUUUUGCAUUCUAGUUGUUAGCUGUGCCCAGAUCUCCAUAGUCAUGACUUAUUUCCAGCUGUGCGGCGAGGACUAUCGCUGGUGGUGGCGCAGCUUCAUUGUGUCGGGCGGCUCGGCCGUCUACGUGCUCUUCUAUAGCAUAUUCUACUUCUUCACCAAGCUGGAGAUCACAGAGUUCAUACCCACGCUUCUCUACUUGGGCUACACAGGUCUCAUGGUGCUCACUUUCUGGUUGCUGACCGGCUCGAUUGGAUUCUUCGCUGCCUAUGUUUUCAUCCUGAGGAUCUAUGGGGCUGUGAAGAUCGACUAAGGAGGGUCUCUCCUGGAGCCCACUCUCACAACGCUGUGCACCAAACUAUCCCUGCAAUAUCAUUCGAUCAUAAACAUAUUUAUAGAGAAACUGAACAAGUCUCGUCCCUCGACAGCUGCCCCCGAACCCCGCUACCGUGUAAAGUGUGCUAACGUUUCCCCUUCUCGUCCCAGCUUCCAAAGGCACCACACAACACAUACGAAACCCAUUGAGUAGCCAACUAUUGAGACGACAGGAUGCUAAGUGUGUCUCCCCGGAGGCAGGUGGCUCAAUUCGCGAGAGCAUUGCGUUUAGGAUACGUUCUAGAAAUGCCUAAUUUAUACAUGUAUGUAAAGAAUCUAAUCUAAGCAAACGAAACGAUACAAAAGAAACUAAAUCAAAUAAACUAAGCUUAACUGUA